AUGUUUUUGCUACUUUUCAUGCAAAGACACCCUUUUUUGAAAGAUGGUUUCACAAAAGAUGGUCGGAGAAUAGUAGAUGAGCCUCUAUUUAUUCCAAACAGUUCGAACAAAACUCGUCAAAGCCUCGAUGAUGAAUGGAAAAAUAUUAGAAUCAAGUGGACUUUUGAGUACUUAACAGGAGAAGUACGUGAUCACUAUACAUGCUAUGAAGAGGGGCAAUUGAUAGUUCUCAAUUAUAAUAAGACUUGCGAAAAAAAUGAACUUGUUCAAAAUUUCAACUAUACGAUAUUUAACAAGACACUGAAAAACUUGCAAAACUUUGUUGAAAACUUCAUUCAAGUAAUACCAGACAAAAAUAGAGAUUCAGAUCUUGAAGUAUCUAUAAUGAUACCUAAUUUUCCUGUUUUUUCAGGUCUCGUAGCACAAGCUGGUGUUUCGGGCUGGAAUGAAUUAAAAAGGCCAAACUCGGGAUUUAUGAUGAUAAGUGCCUCAUUUUUUAGAAACUACUUUAUAGAUACGGAAUCACAAUUCGGUACAAAUACAGCCUUUGGCGUUAAUCUUCUAUUUCAUGAACUAAUGCAUGUUUUAGUAUCAUUAUAUUCAGAAAACUUUCGCCCAUAUAAUUCCACGGAGAAAUACACAAAAAAUCAAACAUUCUGCUCAUUCACCAAAUAUGGAAAGAAAUUUAAGUUUCUAACUACCCCUUACGCCCAUAUAUUCGCUAAAAAGCAUUAUGGUGUUGAAGUUUUUGAAGGAGAUGAUAAUAAUUGUAGGUCUGGUAUCGAAAUCGAGCUUAAUGGUGGCUCAGGAACUGCCGGAGGGCAUGUAGAUUUUCGUCCGUUCUAUACAGAAGCCAUUAUCGGUCAGGAUGUAGAAGGAAAAUCUCAUAGUUUUAACCGAAUUACAGAUGUUACGAUUGCAAUUCUUCAGGAUACAGGGAAUUAUAAAUGCAAUUGGUCAAUGGCCCAGCCUCUAGUUUGGGGAAAUCCCGAAUCUCAAAUUGGAGGUAAGUUUAUUAAAGAUUUCGCAACCGGACCUCCUCAAUUAGUUUACCCUGAUGGAUAUUUACUUGGUUCUGAUGAUAACUAUUUUUAUACUGGAUUUGAUUUUAAAUAUCUUGGAAGCGGCUACCAAAAUAUGAAGGGUAACAACUGCCAAAACACAAACACAGAAUUUUGCAAAGGUGUGAAAUUCUAUAAUCCUUUGAACAAGUCUUAUGUAUCAAGUAUAGAUGUUAUGGAUUAUCAGCGAAUAAAAGGUCCACAGAUAGUAUGUCCAAAAGGAAAGGCAGUUCUACCAGGUUACGAUCAUAUUUAUUUCUAUGAAACAGAUUGCGGCAUCUUCAAAUGCAAUAAGUAUGAGAGCUUCACAUUUUAUAUUGAAAACUCAUCCCAUAUUAAUGGUAUGCCGCUUAACAUUACAUGCAAUAAAACAACUGUAGGACAACAGUUUAAUUAUUCAGUUAUUUCUGAUCCAACAAAAUAUAGUUCAUGGGGAAAUUUUAAACGCACAGCAUACUGCCCAGAUCCAGAAUUAUUCUGUAGAUCAGUAAAAUUGCACGAAAUGAACUUUGUCCGAGAUCCAUUGGAUCCAAAUUCAUUACAACUUGCUGAUCCAUUAGAUCCGAAUUCAAAACAACUGGAUGAUCCUGAUGCAAAACCAAGAAGUAAAAAUAUUCUUGAGCUAGCAAUAUCCGGAGUUGUUGCAUCCAUUACCUUUAUUGUUAUUUGCGUAAUUAUUGGUUUUAUUAUAUAUUAUAAAGUACGCGAAAGUAAAGAUUCUAAAGGAAACUCUCCAUCUGAAAUUAUUGAAGAGGAUUCAGUGCCAGCUCAAGAUCAUGAACAACCAGAUCAAAACUAUUUAUCUGACUAA